AUGCCGAAGGGACAGAGGGUAGAUGCUUACGAGACGCGACAAGGCAGCUACUGCAGCCUCCCCGUCAUGGUUUUUGCACUGCUGGUUGUGUUCACCGACACCAGAGCCGGCGCGCAUGACGCAACCACCCCGAUCGCCGCGAUCGACCCCGCACACGCGGCGGAGAUUGGGGAGAAAAACCUGGCGAAGCUCGUGUCCGUUUUUCUCCUGCUGCGCUACGAGGAGAAUCUGUCGGCGAAGGUUCACUCCAGACUGAUUGAGGAGCUGGCGAUUUCCUUCGCCUCCGUGGAGCUUUUUAUGCAGGACGUCUGCGCCACCGGCAAUGAUUACAAACCAGCGGCGCCCACGGAGGGAGUCUCCAGUAGCGAUGGUGACUCCGCGCGCGCAAGCGAUCCCAUUGCUAUGGAGUUGUCUUGUGUGUGCCGCACGAUGGAACGGCGGCUUCAACGAUGGAGUGUAGGCAUCUUGGAGAUGCUGGAACGAUGA